UUUUUUUAGAUCGUCUGACCUGGGCUCUGCUGGAAGCGCGGCCCGCUGCGGCUUUCUGCAGCUCCCCAUGGAAACAGCGCUUCUGCCGCGACGGAAACGGGACAAUGGAGGGAUGUGCGCGUCGCCCCGGCCGCCGCACUCACAGCUCGCGACCCGAGAGCGGCUCCUGGGCAAAACUGACAUGUUCAGCGAAAGGGAUGCAAACGUGAGCCACGGUCUGCGUCGGCUAAGGUGGCCACCUUACAGCGCGAGCGUAAGGUCAUCUGCGAAGUUAUAGUGCGCUCGACAGCAGGCAAAGCUACUUUACGAACCACGUGAUUACAGCAGAGAUCAUGGUUCUUCUGUCUUUCAACUAACUGCGCGCAUUCACCAUGCAUAUAACACCGAUCCUUUGUGUUUUGUUCGCGAGUACACCGGUCACGCGUUUGUUUGUGACCUGCUGUCAGUCUUUAAUCCACAAAGAGCAGGCCAAGAUAUUUAUGGCGAACGUUUUGUUCAGCUGUAAUUUACACUGAUCUCUGCCAAGCCCUUAUCACCUCAGGACCCGCGGCAGCUGGCGCAAUCAGGGUGAAGUUCAUCGGGGCACCGGGAAAAUUUGCAGAGUUUUAUGUUUUAGGAUGCUCUGAUCUGGCUUCCCGAUAAAGGAAGAAAAACGAAUCGUGGAGAACAAUUGUGCUGCGACCCACAAAAAAGGACGCGACUGAAAAACAGGAAGUUGGUCUUCCUGACGGCGCCAUCCAGGGGAACACGCUCAAAGUGCCUGGCUGUCAGAUUGAUCGUUAUCUCGCGACACGCCCAAACUCUUCUUGAGCAAAGCACUGUUUCUGGAGAUCUACCUGUCUGUAUGUUUUCAUUUUAGCCCUGAUUUGGCACAGCUGAUUCGACUAAUUAGCUGCUCAGUGAGAUCUCUGUCUGUUGAAUGAGAUGUGCUUUGUUAUGGUUGGACUGAAAACAUACAGGAUGACAGAUCUAAAGGAACAGGGCUGGACAGCCCUUGUCAGAGGUGGAAAGUCCAGGGGUCAGAAGGUAAAAGUCCUGUCUUGUCUUUCUUCUGCCCGUGAACUCAGCCAGCUGAUUUCGCUGAUUAGUUCUACUUCCUGGCAGAAGAACUGCGCUAGUCAGCAAAUCCAAGUGAUAGCAACACAAUCCCGUGGAGGACUUUUACUUUGUGAGCCUGGAUUUUCCUCCUCUGGCCCUGGUGUAUGGUGAAGAUGGGCCUACAGGCUCAUGGCGGUUCAUGCAGGUCGUGAUUGGGUAACGUUUCUCUGGCUUUGCAGACCCGAGGAAGUGACAUUUUCCUCUUUUUUUUUCCCCCCAGACGCCCCAUUGUGUCAACAACCGCGGGCGCUAACGUGCUAACAGUCGCCAGAGCCAGCGCCAUAAUACAAUGAACGGGAAGAAUAACAUUACGUCAUUAUUUUAUGAUCCAGCAGAGAAGGGGGGACUUCGAGCAUCAGGCGCUCGGUGCGUGCGCUGAGCUCACACCGCCGUCCAAUUGGGUUCUUACGCGUUCUCACAGCCCGCGAUCGCCGCCAACUCUCUCGCCAUCGUCCGGUUUCACAGCCGGGCCAUUUCGCUCUGCGCAGCCGCCGACGGACGGAUGACCCCGCCGACUCGAGCGUUGCUAUCUCACUCUGAAGGCCGGGAUGGGGUUGCUUAUAGAACAGCCCGAUUAGACACAUGGUCACAGACCUACGGUCACAUGGUCACAGACCUCGCUGAUAUCCACGCUCAGAGGCGAUGCUGUAACUGCAGGAUGUGCCGUACCGUCUGGAGUUGAUAUUUAACCGAGAGGGAAAAAAGGCAAGCUAGUGUAUGUCACAAGGAGGGACUUUGCAUUGUCUUGAGAGAGAGAGAGAGAGAGAGGGAGGGAGGAAGAGCGGGAGAGGAAGGACCUGAGGGGAAAACUACACUGGUUAUGAGAAACCGCAAAACAAAGUUCAGUGACCCAAACGCUACCUUUAAAUCAGAAGGAAUGAGCCUGAGGAAGAGGAGUCUCCUCUGGAUUCUGUGACAGGGGUGUGGAAUGCACUCAGGUUUGACUGGUGGGAAUUCUCUGAGUGUCUGGCAUGUGUUUGCUGCAUGCGCUCUGUGAAUGCUCCAGGACAGACGUGUAUUUGUGCAUGCGCUCUGUGAAUGCUCCAGGACAGGCGUGUGUUUGCUGCAUGCGCUCUGUGAAUGCCCAGGACAGGCAUGUGUUUGUGCAUGCGCACUGUGAAUGCUCCAGGACAGACGUGUGUUUGUGCAUGCGCACUGUGAAUGCUCCAGGACAGGCGUGUGUUUGCUGCAUGCGCUCUGUGAAUGCUCCAGGACAGGCGUGUGUGGAAUGCGACCGAGCGCUGUGUUGGACAUGCACGGCUCUAGCUCUGUGAAUGCUCCAGGACAGGCGUGUGUGGAAUGCGACCGAGCGCUGUGAAUGCUCCAGGACAGGCGUGUGUGGAAUGCGACCGAGCGCUGUGUUGGACAUGCACGGCUCCUGUGCUGGAGAUGUUCGUUACGUGGAUAAUGAUCCCAUUGUGCCGGUUCUGAGCCGGAACCUGUCCGUCCAGAUCCACCGCCUCUGCAACUGCACUCGCAUCUCAGGAAGUAACUGACAUGCUUCUCAUUCCGGUCGGUUUUAGGGAAGCAGGGAAGGUAAAAUGAAAGGCCCAUUCACUGCAGUGCGUAAUGUGGAGUUUACCUGUUCUUUGGUGAGCUAGGAAAUCAGUUAAAAUAAAUACUCUGUCUCUCACUGCAAUCAGGACUUAUCAGUCCUAUAAGCGUGCGGCUGAAAGAUCCUUUUUGCCGGGUGACCUCUGCUUGGCUGUGUACCUCUGUGGACGCCCAGCGGGGAACUGCUGACCUGAUUGGGCCAGAGGGGCCAUCCCUGGGAGAGAGAGGGGUGUGAGAGAGCGGUCUGGAGACAUUCCUGUGGAGUGGAGGAUGGGGGCGGAGCUUAAUCGUUUCCUCUGAGAGCUGUUUUUCGUGCCAGGACACGUAGAAACAGGGAGCGCUGAAACACACUCACACACACGCACACACACACACGCUCACACGCACACGCGCACACACGCACGCAGUCCGCUCCACAGACAGAGGAGAAUGACCCUGGCUCCACACCUCCCCGUGCGACUCACCUCCCUCUGCGAGCCAGCCGGGCUCUGACAGCCACAUGAGGAACACACCGACACUGCACAACCAGGAGGACAGAGGUUCGUCCUGUCCUGGUCUCUGUAGGUUUUGCCAUGAGGAGGGAGAUUAACUCGCGCAGGAAAGCCGCUGCUUGUGUCCCGGUGCAGUAUGGGUAACGUGUUGAGUAAUGAAGACGUUUCCCCUGCGGAGCUGGACGCCCUUUGGAGGGAGCCGCCAUACACAUCGGCUGGAGCCAAUGAGCUCUUUCCAGGAAAUGACAUCAUGACCACGGAUAAAGGUGAGGAUGACCAGGUGUCGGACCAGAGUUUGGCGGUGGAGCCGAAGCCAGGAAAUUACUGGAAGGAGAAGUCAGCCUUCAGCAGGGGCAGCACCGUGUCCCUGGCAGUGGGGGAGCGAUUCUCCUCAGAUGUGCUCCUGGUGUUUCGCGGGAGGCGGCGCUGCAGUGGUGAACCGGACAGUGACCUGCAGGAGGCGCUGCGGACACGACUCAGGGUGGUGGAGAGUAACAGCCAGGACGUCAUCCAGCUCUUUAAGGACCUCUCCGCUCGUCUCCUGUCUGUCCACGCUGAGAAGGACUGCUUCAUCAUCACCUUCAAGACCGUUGAGGAGAUAUGGAAGUUCUCCACCUACCUGUCUCUGGGUUACGUGGCUCGGUGCCUGGAGAACUUCCUGUGCGAUCAGACCUUCUGGCUGGACUCGGCUCGGCUGAGCGACGUGGAGAUUUGCGUGACGGUGGACGAGGAACACCUGGCCACCCUCUACCUGGGGCUCCUCCUGCAAGAAGGUUCCUUCUUUGCGAAAGCGCUGUACAACAGCCGGCACACCGAAGAAGAGGACCUGGUGUUCCGGAAGGACGACCUGGUCAUGGUCCGGGACACCGGACAGGAAACGGUGUGGGAGGGGACCUUACUGAAGAGUGGCCAGCAUGGCCUGGUGCCAGUCCUCUCCAUGCAGCCUCUACCUUACCCCUUCUACCAGUGGUUUUUUAGGAAGUACCCAGGAACUGCAUGUGGACCUCGUGUGACUAAAGCACAGUUUGAACAUCCUGUUGUGACGGGCACCUGCGUGGCUGUGGUAGACCACAAUCCCCUGGGGCUGGACGAGCUGCAGUUCAGCCGGGGGGAUCUGAUCGAGGUGGUGGGCUUCCUGCUCGCCAGCCUGGAGGUUUUCAUUGGACGGCACUUCUCCAGCGGCCAGAUGGGAUUCGUCCAGAAGGCCCACAUGAGGCCGGAGAAUGUCAGACCCCUCGACGGGCGGCUGGUGUUUCUGAGCGAGGAGGAGCGGGCAGCUCUCAGCCAGCUUAACCCCUGCAACGAGCAGUACCACAGUGGCCUCCUGAGCAAGCUCUCCACCACGGACAUCAGCACUGUGUACAGACUAGAUAGGCUGGAUGAGUCCGACUUCCCCUACAUCAAAAAUCAGCCGAAGCAAGAGCCGAAGCCCCCGGUCAGCGCCCGCCAGAGCGUGUUUAUGGAGAAGAGCGACUCGCCCCCGUUCCCCUCCUCGCCCCGCCUGUCCGUCUACGCCUCCCAGAGCCUACUGGACCAGGACGGGGAGCCCCUGUCCUUCAGCCUGGAGGACACCUUCAAGGAGAUGGACGAGUUCGAGGAGGACCCCGCGCUCUUCCUGGAGGAGGGCGCCUGGGAGGGGGAGGAGGGGGAGGCCUGCGACCCCACCCUCGCCCUGCUGAACGAGGACGGCUUUCGGGAGUCCUACCGGGAGCUGUACGACCUGUCCUACUCCUUCCUGGGCUCGGCCUUCGGGGGGGUCCCGGAGGAGGAGCUGCUCCAGCACCUGGAGGGCGUCCGCGAGGCCGCCAAAAACCGACGGAUGCCCUGGGCCCUGCGGCGGAGCUGCUUCCUGCUGGGCCGCCUGUGCGCCAGGAAGAGCAAGUACUCGCAGGCCCGCGUCUACCUGGAGGAGGCGCUGCGCGUGCCGCUGCCGGGCUUCCGCGACCUGCCGCUCCUCAUCGCGCUCUACACCGGCCUGACCGCCAUCUACCUGCAGCAGCGGCUGGAGGACAAGCUGGCGCUGACGCUGGAGCGGGCGUGCGCGCUGCUGCUGGGGCUGCCGGGCCACCGCUUCGGCUCCGCCCUCGAGCUGGAGCUGCUGAGGCUGGCGCUGCGGCGCGCGGUGGUGGAGAGCGACCGGCACCUGGAGGCGCGCAGCUGCUACCUGGCGCUCCGCCUCUUCCUGGAGCUGGGCAAGGUGGAGGACGCGCUGCCCUUCGUGGAGCGGCUGCAGUUCCUCUCCAUCAGCCUGGCGGAGGAGGAGGCCCGCCCCCUGGCCCCCGUCGACCUCAACUGGAUGCUGAGCCGGCUCUACCACAGGAAGUACCUGCCCCACAUGGCGCUGGCCUCCCUCAGCCUGGACUCCGCCCCCGACCGCUCGCUGCCGGACGCCUUCCAGAAGAUCGAGGUCUUCAUCAAGAACUCGGUGCGGCUGAACCCGCAGUGGCGGGAGGGCACCUCGCUGAUCCCCGCCCAGAUCGUGGUGUACCUCCAGCAGGCCCUGUCCAUCGCCAGUCGCCACGGGGACCUGCGGACGCAGCGGGACCUGUGCAUGAGCCUGGCCUGCAUUUACCAGCAGCACGGGGCCCUGGAGAUGGCCGUGCAGUGUGCCCAGCGGGCCGGGGGCCACAUCAGCGGGACUGGGGGCCACAUCAGCGACACUGGGGGCCACAUGAGCGACACUAGGGGCCACAUGAGUGAGACUGGGGGCCACAUCAGUGACACCGGGGACCACAUCAGUGACACAGGGGGCCACAUCAGCGACACAGGGGGCCACAUCAGUGACACCGGGGGCCACAUCAGCGACACCGGGGGCCACAUCAGUGAGGAGGAGGGGUUCGAGGCCUCCGUCCUGCUGGCCUGGCUCCUGGUGCAAACGGGGAAGGAGGAGCGAGCGGCCGCCACUCUCAAGCCCCUCCUCCAAUCCCUGAACGAGACGGACAGCCCCGCCCAGAGGGGCGUGGUCUACAACCUGCUGGCGCUGUGCCUGCGGAAGGAGGGGCGUGUCCCCGAGGCCGCCCGCCACUUCUACAGCGCGCUGCAGAUCUCGCGGGAGAACGGGAACAAGCGCAACGAGGCGCUGGCGCUGGCCAACCUGGGGUGCCUGGCGCUGUCGGUGUGCGCCCCCGCGCUCGCCGAGCGCUUCCUGCUCCGCGCCCUGCCGCUCUUCCAGGAGCUGGCCGACCGGCCCACCGACGCCGAGCACGCCCAGGCCCUCCUCUGGCUGGGGCGGAGCUACCGGGACAGGGGCCGGACCCAGGACGUGCGCCUGUCCUACGAGACCGCGCUGCUGAUCGCCAUCGGUGCCAAAAACCUCCACAGUCAGAUGGUUGUGGCCAAAGCAUUGAGCCAUUUGUACUGCGACUUGCUCCUGCACGGACAGUGCAUCAUCUACUACGAACACUGUGUGGCGCUGUCACGGGAACUGAAAGACAAGAGGCUGGAGGGAGAAUAUCUGGAGAUCCUCAGCAAUCUCUACCUGUCCUUAAACACAGAGAAGUCCUCCAGGAAGUCGCUGGACUACACCAAGCAGAGUCUGCGGAUUUCCAUCGACCUGGGGAAGAGGGAGGAGGAGUCAGAGACCUGGCUCCAGGUGGGAAGGAUUUACUACCUGAUCAGAGAGGACGAGCUCGCCGACAUGUACCUACAGGCGGCAGUAAAAACUGCCCUGAGAGUUAAUGAUCCCUACUUCGCCACGAGUAUUUAUGAGGAGGCCGGGGACGUGUUCUUCCAAGGACACAGAAAUCGUCUUUCCGCGCUCCCAUUCUACAGGGACGGCAGCCUGCCUUUUGCCAGGAGCGUGAAGGACGUCCAGUCGGAGUUCCGGCUCCUGAGCAAACUCACAGAGCUGCUGACGAGCCAGGAGCAGUAUGAGGCCGCUCUGCAGUACGCGGUUCUCGCGGUGCAGGUCAGCACCACAACAGGGGAUCGUCUGAAGGAAAGAACUGCCUUCCACCGGCUGGCCACGGUUUACUACUCCCUCCAGCAGUUUGAGCUGGCAGAGAACUACUACCUGAAGUCCUUAUCGCUGAGCCCCGCCCUCCUGGAGCUCCCCAGUGAGGCCCAGUACUAUGUGAAAGUGUACUGCAGGCUGGGAGACCUGACCCUACACAAGCUAAAGGAUGCCUUUGAUGCUGUGGGGUACCUCCACCUGGCUCUGGCGGCGGCGCUGGUGGACCAGGAGAACCCGCGGGCGCUCUGCCGGGUGUACAGGAAGCUGGCGGAGAUCCACGCCACCCACAUGCCCGACGCCGAGCUGAGCCGAAGCUACGCGGACAGCGCCCGGGCGCUGAGGGACAACUCAUCGGGAGACGCGGGCGAGAGCGCGCCCCCACCGGGGACCCAAGCGGAUGGGCCCCCACCGGGGACCCAAGCGGAUGGGCCCCCACCAGGGACCCAAACGGACGGGCCGCCACCAGGGACCCAAACGGACGGGCCCCCACCGGGGACCCAAAUGGACGGGCCGCCACCAGGGACCCAAACGGACGGGCCGCCACCAGGGACCCAAACGGACGGGCCCCCACCAGGGACCCAACCGGACGGGCCCCCACCAGGGACCCAAACGGACGGGCCCCCACCAGGGACCCAACCGGACGGGCCGCCGCUGGCCGUGCGGCCCACAUGCGCCGUCGAAGAGCAGGGGGACGGGACGGGGGCACAGAACUCUGAUCUCCCUCAGCCUGAGCCCAAAAGUGCCCUUUCCGCGUCUGAAGACACUUUACAAGAGUCAAAUAUCUAAUAUAAAUGGAGUUUAUUUACACGCGUAUCACAGGAAUGUUGUAUUGAGAUUACUCUGAUUAGAGAUAAUCUUGAUACUGGGCUCCAUUUUCUCAAUGGCUGUUUGGAGAGAGGGGGAGAAACUAAAAGAAUGAUUGUAUGCAAGGGGUAAGUAAACCAGAGCUGAUAGCUCAUUGUCAAUCAAUAUCAAGUUAAAUGAGUCUCACUUCAAUUAAUUUUUGUUAGUUUCAGAUAACACUCACUUGUAUGUCCCUUAUAUAAAUAUGUAAAUAUGAUAUUUUCUCCACCAUGCAAACAGUUCCAACUUCAGUAUUCACUCCAGUUUGUUUUCGCUGUCCUUUUUUAAGUUAUUUGUAAAUGUUUGGAAAAAUGUUUUUAAUUAUGAUUUAGUCUUUUUGUACUUGUUUGCACUGAGUGGAGGAUGGGUUCUGCACUUUCCUGGAAUACGCUGUAGCAGUGAGCCUCCUAUUGGCCCAGCUCCAAGUCUCACUUCAUUGGCUAAUGGCAGGCUGGUUUAUCAUUGGCUACUCUCUGUCUGUAAUGGCAGGCUGGUUUAUCAUUGGCUACUCUCUGUCUGUAAUGGAAGGCUGAUUUAUCAUUGGCUACUCUCUGUCUGUAAUGGAAGGCUGGUUUAUCAUUGGCUACUCUCUGUCUGUAAUGGAAGGCUGGUUUAUCAUUGGGUGCUUUCUGUCUGUAAUGGAAGGCUGAUUUAUCAUUGGGUGCUUUCUGUCUGUAAUGGAAGGCUGGUUUAUCAUUGGGUGCUUUCUGUCUGUAAUGGAAGACUGAUUUAUCAUUGGGUGCUUUCUGUCUGUAAUGGAAGGCUGUUUUGUCAUUGGCUACUCUCUGUCUGUAAUGGAAGGCUGUUUUGUCAUUGGCUACUCUCUGUCUGUAAUGGAAGGCUGUUUUGUCAUUGGCUACUCUCUGUCUGUAAUGGAAGGCUGGUUUAUCAUUGGGUGCUUUCUGUCUGUAAUGGAAGGCUGGUUUAUCAUUGGGUGCUUUCUGUCUGUAAUGGAAGGCUGUUUUAUCAUUGGGUGCUUUCUGUCUGUAAUGGAAGGCUGGUUUAUCAUUGGGUGCUUUCUGUCUGUAAUGGAAGGCUGGUUUAUCAUUGGGUGCUUUCUGUCUGUAAUGGAAGGCUGUUUUAUCAUUGGGUGCUUUCUGUCUGUAAUGGAAGGCUGGUUUAUCAUUGGGUGCUUUCUGUCUGUAAUGGAAGGCUGGUUUAUCAUUGGGUGCUUUCUGUCUGUAAUGGAAGGCUGGUUUAUCAUUGGGUGCUUUCUGUCUGUAAUGGAAGGCUGGUUUAUCAUUGGGUGCUUUCUGUCUGUAAUGGAAGGCUGUUUUGUCAUUGGCUACUCUCUGUCUGUAAUGGAAGGCUGGUUUAUCAUUGGGUGCUUUCUGUCUGUAAUGGAAGGCUGUUUUAUCAUUGGGUGCUUUCUGUCUGUAAUGGAAGGCUGUUUUGUCAUUGGGUGCUUUCUGUCUGUAAUGGAAGGCUGAUUUAUCAUUGGGUGCUUUCUGUCUGUAAUGGAAGGCUGGUUUAUCAUUGGGUGCUUUCUGUCUGUAAUGGAAGGCUGAUUUAUCAUUGGGUGCUUUCUGUCUGUAAUGGAAGGCUGUUUUGUCAUUGGCUACUCUCUGUCUGUAAUGGAAGGCUGGUUUGUCAUUGGCUACUCUCUGUCUGUAAUGGAAGGCUGGUUUGUCAUUGGCUACUCUCUGUCUGUAAUGAAAGGCUGGUUUGUCAUUGGCUACUCUGUCUGUAAUGGAAGGCUGUUUUGUCAUUGGCUACUCUGUCUGUAAUGGAAGGCUGUUUUGUCAUUGGCUACUCUCUGUCUGUAAUGGAAGGCUGUUUUGUCAUUGGCUACUCUCUGUCUGUAAUGGAAGGCUGUUUUGUCAUUGGCUACUCUCUGUCUGUAAUGGAAGGCUGUUUUGUCAUUGGCUACUCUCUGUCUGUAAUGGAAGGCUGUUUUGUCAUUGGCUACUCUCUGUCUGUAAUGGAAGGCUGUUUUGUCAUUGGCUACUCUCUGUCUGUAAUGGAAGGCUGUUUUGUCAUUGGCUACUCUCUGUCUGUAAUGGAAGGCUGUUUUGUCAUUGGCUACUCUCUGUCUGUAAUGGAAGGCUGAUUUGUCAUUGGCUACUCUGUCUGUAAUGGAAGGCUGUUUUGUCAUUGGCUACUCUUUUUGUUUGUAACGGCAUCUCGGUAUCAUAUCGCACAUAAUUAAGAAUAACAGAAAGAUGGAACAGGAACUACCUUAAAUAAUGUGUAACAAAAUAUCAGUCCGUUUUUUUGUUCAAGUAGAAACUAUUUCAAGUAAAUCACGCAGAGGGUGAUCCUUUAACACUAACCUGGGCAACAAGAUCCCCGUCUGUUUCUGGUUUUCAUGCCAAAUUCUGGCCUCAGUUAGCCCUAACAUUUACGUCAUCUGACAUUUUAGCUACAUUUCUUGAUAAGCGCAUGAUCGCUAAAGACUGUUCUGUGUGCGGCGUUUUACUGUGAUCUGUGAGUGAACCAGGGUUGGUGUACAGCCAGUUAGCUCAUUCAGCCAGGGUAAUUGGUGGAAACAAAAACACACACUGGCCCUCCAGGACCGGAAUUGACCCCCACCCCCCCCUCCCCCCACUAUAACAGUUGAAAUUAAAAUGGAGGCAGUCUCUAACGAGUGAGCCACAACUGCGAAUGAGAAACGUGAUUUAGGACCGUUAUCAAAGCCUCACCUAAUUUGCACUGUGGAAUGUUUACCUGUCACUAGACCCUAAAAAUGUCUGCUUCAGUGAUCGAUCAAAAGGCCUGCUGCUCCCAACAGAAGAUCUGCAAAAAUAAGUGUGUUUACGAUGGCUUUUAACUGGAGAACUGCCCAUGAUGUGAAUAAUAUAUACAAAUUAUUUGUAUAAUUGUUUUUUUUUUUCAUACAAAAAUGAAAGUGACUGUUAAAUUAUAUUUAAAAAAGGCUGCCAGGUGUGUGUACAUUUGUUGUAAUUUUGUAUCUUAAUUCCACUGUAGAAAUAAAGUGCAAUUACAUGACA